UUGCUUCAGGAGACUAAACCGAGAGCCGCGUGAUUUACAGGAAGCACACAGAGUCGUCGACACAACCAGAGGACUGUGUCAACAGGAAGAUAAGCGAAAUACUUCGCGAUUUAAGCAUUUUAAUCAGUCAUUUUCUGUUUGUUUUGUGAGCGAGUGAAGUAAAGUUAGCGGUUAGCCUUCAGCUGCGUUUCGAUUCAACAAUGUCGGCUACAGAGGAGCACCAAGUCAACGGCGAGUCUCUCAGCACGUCUGCGCAGCAGAUGGCCGAUGCUUUGGAAGAACUGGAGAAAUGGAAGAAAAAGGUGGAGGCUGCAGAGAAUGAAAAGUCCAGGUUGCUGCUGGAGAAGUUCGACACAGAAGAUAAAAAGAAAAAGGCCCAGCAAGAAACAACGGAUUUGCUGCAAAUCGAAGAACAACUUACAGCUGACUUUAACAAAACGUUGGAAGCCAUACAGGAGGAAAUGUUCCAUCUUCAUAAUGCUAAACAGGAUCUGCUGAAGAAGCUGCAGAGUUAUAAAGAACAGCUCAAGACCAAGAAGGCUGAGACAGACUCUUUGCAGCAGAGAUUCAAGAUCAAAGCUCAGAUCCCUAACAAAAAAAUGAAGUACACCCACGUGGAUGAAGAGGCAGCAGGUGAGAGUGAGAACGGAGAGAAUGCGGUUCUGAACACCAGGGCAGUGUUUACCAUCACUCAGAGACCUUCUGUCCUGCUGAAAGGUGGACAAGCACUCAUCACGUUUGAGGAAGAGAAAGUGGCAGAUCAGAUCCUCAGGCUGGCGAAGUGCUCUGUAACCUGCGACAGAUCCAAGAUAGACGUGAAGCCACACUCCUUAUCUCUAGAUCCCUCUGUGAAAUUUGAGGUACAUAUUACUGUGUCCAAGAAGACCAUCAAGUUCUCCAAUGCUGCUUCUAUUCUGCCCGAGGAGCGAAUGAGGGACCGGCUGGAGUUGAGCUUCUCGAAGCCCAGCCGUGGUGGAGGAGAAGUGGAGAGAGUGGAGUACGAUUCAAAGACUGGAACAGGCCGCAUUACCUUCCUCAAUACUGGAGUUGCAGAGAAUCUGGUUCCUAAACAAAAGUUCUACGUUGAUAUAGGAUAUGAGAUGGAGGUCAACAUUGCACCGCUAUUUGAAUUCCAACUGAAAAAAUUUCAGACGUUCUCAGGGGUGCCAAAACGCACUGUGCUGCUGAAGGGCAUUCAGGAUGUGACGGAUGAGGAGGAUCUGCAGGACCAUCUGGAGAUUCACUUCCAGAAGCCCAGCAAUUACGGUGGAGAAGUGGAGUCCAUUAAAUAUGUGUCUGCUGGAAAGCAGCUGAAAGCGUUCUUCGUUGAGGACAGCGCUGAAGUGGAAGCUUAAUAACCGAAGCAUCUGUCCUGCUGAAUACAACUCGCCUCCCCAGCCUCUGAAUGCCAGACCUUGCUGUGAUCACUUGCCAAUUUGACAUUUUAUUUUAUUACUUUGUUGAAUGUAUGUUUAAGUGUAACUUUUAUGAUUGCACUUUCUAUAUAGUACAUAUAGCAAAUCUAGAAAUGUUCAUAUAGCUGGCAAAUCUGUCUGAUUAGCAGAUUAAGAUAAUAGUGUGCCAUUAAAAAGUAUGCCAGAAGUAUCAAAAGUAAAAUGAUCAGGUCUUAAAUUCUUUUUACAUAUC